AUGUCUGCCCACAACUCCUCCGCGACCGGCUCCAAGAAUGCCACCGGCAUGGCCAGCUCGACCACAACCCCCGCAAACGCCGGGAUCGGCGAGGACGCGCCAAAGGCGUUCGAUGAGCAAGGAGCCAUUGGCAAGCAGUUCACAGAGAAAGGAGCGCUCGGCGGCACGGCCCAGGCGAUUGGCGGCCCGCUGGCCAAGGACGGCGCCAUCGGCAAGCAGUUCACCACCGACGGGGCGAUCGGCGGCUCUGUACAGGACACGCUGGGCGGGACAAAGAAGAAGAGCAAUUAA